UUGGCGCGUUAGUAGCGUGCAAAUACUCGGCUGGCUCGGUUUGGUUUGGUUCGUUUCUCUCGUGCUGUCUGCAGAACAUAAACACAGGAAAAAAGAUGGUGUUAUGUCACAUUCGUACGACGUCCGUUCGUCUAGCUCGGUUGGUCCAGGUGGCUGCCAAAUCAUCCUCGUCAACAGCACAGCAGGGACAACAGUGGCGGUUUCUCAGCACCAGCAGUUUGCUUCUGAAAGAACGACUCUAUACUGAUAAACAUGAAUGGGUUUCAGUUGAUGGUGAAAUCGGAACCGUAGGAAUCUCGAACUUUGCACAGGAAGCACUUGGUGAUAUAGUAUUUGCUCAACUGCCAGAUGUCGGAACCAUUCUGAGUCAGAAGGAUGAAGUCGGAGCCCUCGAAAGUGUUAAAGCCGCCAGUGAAGUAUACACGCCGGUGUCCGGUGUUGUGACAGAGAAGAAUUCUGCCGUCGAAGAAACUCCUGGGCUGGUGAAUUCGUCAUCUUAUGAAAAGGGCUGGCUGUUCAAGCUUAAGGUAACCAAACCAGAGGAGCUGAAAACACUCAUGAACGAACAACAGUAUACCGAGUUCCUGAAGUCGGAUGGCCAUUGAUUGAGAAACUAAACUAACGCCGUCUGAACACGUGGUGUGCAACAGGGAAAGCGAGCGCAUGAAAUAAGAGCAAGUGCAAUGCCGGCUUCCAAAAUCGCAACAGCUAGAAGUGAACCAAGAGAUAAUAAAACAGUCAGUUAUGAAGUCGAUGAUCGCUAAUGGGCCGCACAGCUACUCCUACAAUACACACAUCUUAUUAGUUACUAGUUGCUAGGUGAGAUAAGUACUUGCCUGCCAUUGAAUCGAAUGUUUGUAAAAUAUGAAUUAAACGUGAUCUUUGCUUA